AGACAGACUUCGUAUCAGAUCGUUACUGCCACUAGAGGCAAUGGAGAGCCUCAGCACCAGCGGUCCGAGUGCCCAGCAGCAACUCCGCUCGUUCAUGGCACUCCCAGCGGACGACGAGAUGGCACAGCUGAUCCUCGAGGAGCUCUCGUUCUCGAGGCGCUCAUUCACGGGCGUAGCGGCGGAGAUCGCUAACUCGCCGUCGAGCAUGUCGGUGUCGGGGCUCAACUCGAUCUCAGAGGACGAGGAGGAUGAGGAGGAUGAAUAGACGAAACGUGCUGCCAGACGCAGGCAAUGGAUCGAGAAUCACGCGGCGGGGCGGUCACGACUGCAUCAUCACGCAGCCCCCGCCUCCGCGCGCACCCGAGCAAUGUAUGAUGUACAGGGAGCACAGCAGGGUAGUCGUCAGCGUAGAGGAAAGUGAUUUGCAUCGCGCUAUUUAUUGGAACAUGGAGUCUGUUUUAGUUUC